AUGGGUCAAAAAAUUAUUCGUUUUGAAUCAAGUGGAAAGCUUGGAAAGCAAAGUCGGUUGUGGCUUGUUGAGGACUUGCUUCAUGUAUUGGAAAAUGAUAUGGCAACAGAAGCAAUUCAAGCCAUAGUCGUUGGAUACAAGGAAAAUGAUUUUAACUUUGAAGAAUUUCCUAAAGUGUUAUCAUCAAAGAUGUCUAAUCUUAGAUUGAUGAUAAUUGAGGAGACAGACUACUACUAUGACCGAGGAGAUCUUGCUGUUCCUAAUAACCAAAGACAACUUUUUGUUCCUAAUCAACUAAGGCAUCAUUCAUGGGACUACUGUCCUUUAAAAUGUUUGUCAUCCACAAAGAAGCUUGUUCAACUUGACUUGAAGUACAGCAGAAUUGAAUAUCUUUGGGAAGGAGUAAUGCGUUCAGUCAACUUAAAGUUCAUUAAUCUUUGGUGUUACAAAAACCUUAUCAAGACACCUGACUUUUCAAGUGUUCUGAUGCUUGAGGAACUAGACCUUUAUGGGUGCAAUAGCUUGGUAGAGAUCCACCCGUCUAUUGGACAACUCAGCAAGCUCAGGCGUUUAUGUUUGGAAGGCUGCAAAUCUCUUACCGAUCUUCCCUGCAUGUCUGCUGUAAUGCAGUCCCUUACGGUUAUUAAUCUUUCUCGUUACUUUAAACUCAGUUCGUUUCCGAAAUUUACGGGAAUUAUGAAAAGCCUAUCGGAAUUCAAUUUACGUUGGACUAUUAUUAAGAAAGUACCACCCUCAUCGAUCAAGUGUUUGAUUGCCCUUACUUUCUUAAAUCUAAAUGAAACAUAUCUUGAAUGUCUUCCAAGCAACAUGAAUAAUUUGAGGUCUCUUCACACACUCAAUCUUACCAAUUGCGAAAAACUAAAAUCGUUAAGGCUUCCAUCAACUGUAAGAUGUAUAAGUGUGGAAGGGUGUGAUUCCUUAAAAUGGUUACCAACACGGGUCAAACUGAGUUUCUGGUCACAACCUCUCUCCCAAUGGCUUCCGUAUGAUGAGAGGCGCAGUCCAAAGGAAUUUACAAUAUUGUUCCAUUUCCUACAGGGACUCCUUUGUCGUAAAACCGUUUACGGAACUUCUUCCAAAGGGAAAGAGGAUGGAUCUCUAAUUGAGUUUCAGAUAAUUAUGCCGUCAUGUUUAACUAAAAUAGUGGAGAAUUCAAUAAGCAUAGAGCUGCCUUCAAAUUGGUAUAAUAGUAAAUGGAUAGGAUUAGCUCUCUUGGGAUCAGUAUCACUUAUAUCGACAUAUGCUAUUAGUUUUCGUGAGGUAGCCGUUGGUAAAAUGCCUCAAAAUCACUGUGCCUUUGAACUUGUUACUACCCGAAUGAAUGUUAAGUCAGAUUAG